AUGACUACACGUCCGAACAUAUCUGCGCUUUACACAAUUGACCAGUAUAGAGGAAAGUACGUAAUCAAUGGGAAUGCCACCAUUCAAACGUCCGAAUUAAUCGACAGAGUAAGCAAAGCAAUAUAUAAUAAUUUGGAACAGUAAUAAUAAGACACUAUAAGUUGUAUCAAACAAAAGUUGUUUUUUUUUUUUUUUUUUUUUUUUUGCAUAGGUAGGUUGCAUUUUUUGGGCGGUCCGAAAAAAAAUUUUUUUCACGGACGUCGUUUUGUCAUUUAUUUUUAUAACUGUACGAAUACCAUCACGUCUUAGUUUACGGAAAAAUAGAAAUAAAAACUAUAUUGCGUUAUUUACACAAAAUCACUGCUCAUUAACUUUUUUUUUCGUAUAAUAAAAUGCGCGACGGUAUUGAUGUUUGAUACAUCUGUGCAAAUAAUAUAUAAAGAUGCGCCCAUGAAAACACAAAAUUUAUUAACGCGCACGCACGUGUCAUUAUACCCAUUAUACUCCGUAUAAUUAACAGUUUCACAUGUAACUACAAUGUAAAAAUGUCAAAUAGUCCUGUUACACUCUGUAUAGUCCACGAAUAAGUGUAAGUUACUGUGCACUCAUUUUAACUCCACGGCCCGAACCUUACCAAUUAGCUAAUUAACUUUCUGUUGGCACUUUUGAGGAUAGACAGUGUAUACAAUAUACAUAAUUAUUAUAUUUGUAUGGUUUGUAAACUGUUGUUUAAGGUAAGCGUAAUUUUUAACCGUUGUAAUAAAGAGGGAAUUAACUGUGAAUACUUUCAAAACUGGAAUUUUAAUGAUGUUUGCCAAAAAUUAUUGGAGAAGAACCAAAUUUGGUCAUCUUGGUAUGGGAGUUUCAAACCGCCUCUUACUUGUCCAAUAAACAAAGUAAGUACGCAUAGACAUCGACAAAUAUAGUGGAAACCUUGAAAAAAAUUUUAAAAUUUUAAAGGCGUUUUUUUUUUUUUUUAUCGGUUUUUGUUGAAUAAAUUAUAAACUCUUAUAGGUGCAUUAUCAAAUACAGAAUGGAACAUUUGAUUUUGAAAUUAUAAGUCUGUGGUAUCCCGACGCGACAAACUAUUAUUGGAAAGUGAAUCAAAAAUUGUACGCUGGAAAUAUAUUUGUGGGUUCAUACACGAUUGACAUCUAUUUUUUCGAAUACACUGUGAAAAUGAAGCCCCUCAAAUUGUCAUUUCUGUAA